GCCCGCCCGCCGCCCGCGGUGGUGGUGGCGGCGCAGGCUGAGGAGAUGCGGCUCGGAGCGUCCGCGCUGGGCUAGAGCGCCCGCCGCCGCCGCCGCCGCGACAGGUCGUCUCCUGAGAGUCCGGGGAGACCCCUGCCCUCCUUUGGAUUACUGGGCCCACUACGUGGUUGGCGAGACGGGGAGUUUCCGUGGCCGUGGACCAGCUGUGCGCGUCGCUGGAUUUGUAUGUGCCGGUGGGACCCUGGGGCUCUUUGGAGCUCCCGUUCACGUGGAAGUUUUGAGCCCUUUUGAAUCCCUUAAAGGAGAAGCUGCUGCUCGCAAUGAGCUCCCAAAGCCAUCCAGAUGGACUUUCUGGCCGAGACCAGCCAGUGGAGCUGCUCAACCCUGCCCGCGUGAACCACAUGCCCGGCUCGGUGGAUGUGGCCUCGGCGCUGCCUUUGCCGGUGGCCCCCCCGGCGGUGCCCAUGGACCUGCGCCUGGACCACCAGUUUCCGCUGCCCGCGACGGAGCCCGGCGUCCGGGAGCAGCAGCUGCAGCAGGAGCUCCUGGCCCUCAAGCAGAAGCAGCAGCUGCAGAGGCAGAUCCUCAUCGCCGAGUUCCAGAGGCAGCACGAGCAGCUGUCCCGGCAGCACGAAGCCCAGCUCCACGAGCACAUCAAACAACAGCAGGAGCUGCUGGCCGUGAAACACCAGCAGGAGCUGCUGGAGCAUCAGCGGAAGCUGGAGAGACACCGCCGGGAGCAGGAGCUGGCGAAGCAGCAGCGGGAGCAGAAGCUGCAGCAGCUCAAGCACAAGGAGAAAGGCAAAGAGAGUGCUGUGGCCAGCACAGAAGUGAAGAUGAAGCUACAGGAGUUUGUCCUCAAUAAAAAGAAGGCGCUGGCCCACCGGAACCUGAACCACUGCAUGUCCAGUGACCCUCGCUACUGGUAUGGGAAGACGCAGCACAGCUCCCUGGACCAGAGCUCCCCGCCCCAGAGCGGGGCGUCGGUCUCCUACAGCCACCCGGUCCUGGGCAUGUACGACGCCAAAGAUGACUUUCCUCUCAGAAAGACAGCGUCUGAACCCAAUCUGAAAUUACGCUCCAGGCUAAAGCAGAAAGUGGCUGAAAGACGGAGCAGCCCCCUGUUACGCAGGAAAGAUGGGCCAGUGGUCACGGCUCUAAAAAAGCGUCCCCUGGACGUCACAGACUCGGCCUGCAGCAGCGCCCCGGGCUCCGCACCCAGCUCACCCAACAACAGCUCUGGGAACGCCAGCGCGGAGAAUGGGAUCGCGCCCGCCGUCCCCAGCAUCCCGACCGAGACCAGCCUGGCGCACAGACUCGUGACGCGAGAAGGCUCGGUGGGCCCGCUGCCCCUGUACACGUCACCAUCCCUGCCCAACAUCACGCUGGGACUUCCCGCCACCGGCCCCUCCGCGGGAGCGGCCAGCCAGCAGGAGGCCGAGAGACUGGCCCUCCCGGCCCUCCAACAACGCAUCUCCCUCUUCCCCGGCACCCACCUCACCCCCUACCUGGGCACCGCGCCCCUGGAGCGCGACUCGGGGGCGGCUCCCAGCUCCCUUCUGCAGCACGUGGUCCUCCUCGAGCAGCCGCCCGCGCAGACGCCCCUCGUCACAGACCGCUAUCUGGCAGGCCUGGGAGCGCUGCCCCUGCACGCGCAGCCCCUGGUGGGGGCGGAGCGCGUGUCCCCGUCUGCGCACAAGCUGCGGCAGCACCGCCCGCUGGGCCGCACGCAGUCGGCGCCGCUGCCCCAGAGCGCGCAGGCGCUGCAGCACCUGGUGGUCCAGCAGCAGCACCAGCAGUUCCUGGAGAAGCACAAGCAGCACUUGCAGCAGCCGCAGCUGCACCUCAGCAAGAUCAUCCCCAAAGCGAGCGAGCCGGCCCGGCAGCCCGAGAGCCACCCCGAGGAGACCGAGGAGGAGCUGCGCGAGCACCAGGCCCUCCUGGAGGAGCCCUUCCUGGACCGGCCCUCGGGGCCGAAGGAGGCGCACACGCUGGCCGGGGUGCAGGUGAAGCAGGAGCCCAUUGAGAGCGAUGAGGAGGAGGUGGCGCCGGGCCAGCGGCAGCCCACCGAGCAGGAGCUGCUGUUCAGACAGCAAGCCCUCCUCCUGGAGCAGCAACGGGUCCACCAGCUGAGGAGCUACCAGGCGUCGAUGGAGGCGGCCGGCAUCCCCGUGUCCUUCGGCAGCCACCGGCCUCUGUCCCGGGCGCAGUCCUCCCCUGCAUCCGCCACCUUCCCCAUGUCUGUGCAGGAGCCCCCGACCAAGCCGCGGUUCACCACAGGCCUCGUGUACGACACGCUGAUGCUGAAGCACCAGUGCACCUGCGGGAACACCAACAGCCACCCGGAGCACGCCGGGCGCAUCCAGAGCAUCUGGUCCCGGCUGCAGGAGACCGGCCUUCGGGGCAAAUGUGAGUGCAUCCGCGGACGCAAGGCCACCCUGGAGGAGCUGCAGACGGUGCACUCAGAGGCGCACGCCCUGCUCUACGGCACAAACCCCCUCAACAGGCAGAAACUGGACAGUAAGAAACUUCUAGGCUCGCUAACAUCGGUGUUUGUCAGGCUGCCCUGCGGUGGUGUCGGGGUGGACAGUGACACCAUAUGGAACGAGGUCCACUCGUCGGGGGCAGCCCGCCUGGCCGUGGGCUGCGUGGUGGAGCUGGUCUUCAAAGUGGUCACGGGGGAACUGAAGAAUGGCUUUGCCGUGGUCCGCCCCCCAGGACACCACGCGGAGGAGAGCACGCCCAUGGGGUUCUGUUACUUCAAUUCCGUGGCCGUCGCAGCCAAGCUUCUCCAGCAGAGGUUGAGUGUGAGCAAGACCCUCGUGGUGGACUGGGACGUGCACCAUGGGAACGGGACCCAGCAGGCCUUCUACAGUGACCCCAGCGUGCUGUACAUCUCGCUGCACCGCUACGAUGACGGGAACUUCUUCCCGGGCAGCGGGGCACCUGACGAGGUGGGCACGGGGCCCGGCGUGGGCUUCAACGUCAACAUGGCUUUCACUGGCGGCCUUGACCCCCCCAUGGGAGACGCAGAGUACUUGGCAGCCUUCAGAACUGUGGUCAUGCCGAUCGCCAACGAGUUUGCCCCAGACGUGGUGCUGGUGUCAUCGGGCUUCGACGCCGUGGAGGGCCACCCCACACCCCUCGGAGGCUACAACCUCUCCGCCAAAUGUUUCGGGUACCUGACGAAGCAGCUGAUGGGCUUGGCUGACGGCCGGAUCGUUCUGGCGCUGGAGGGGGGCCAUGACCUCACAGCCAUUUGCGAUGCCUCGGAAGCCUGCGUCUCUGCUUUGCUGGGAAACGAGCUUGAUCCUCUCCCAGAAAAGGUUUUACAGCAGAGACCCAAUGCGAACGCUGUCCGGUCGAUGGAGAAGGUCAUUGAAAUCCACAGCCAGUACUGGCGCUCCCUGCAAAGGCUCGCCUCCACCGCCGGCUACUCUCUGGUUGAGGCCCAGAAGUGCGAGAAUGAAGAGGCCGAGACCGUCACUGCCAUGGCCUUGCUGUCCGUGGGCGUGAAGGCCCCCGAGAAGAGGCCCGACGAGGAGCCCAUGGAAGAGGAGCCGCCCCUGUAGGUGCGCCCGAGGCUGCGGUUCUCUUGUUCGUUUGUCUCCGUCUUGAAGCUCCGCCAAGAAAAGUUGCCGUCGCCCUGCGUCCUGCCACGGCCUUCUCCGAGCCCGCAGGUGCGGCGGGGCCGGCAGCAGCGGGCGGCCCUCUGCCUGCCAGGACCCGGACAGACGCCGGGACGCGCGGACACAGGGACACGCGGAAACAGGCGCUCUGGGCUCCCCAGGGAAGCCGCAGAGGAAGGAAGCCUGUGGUGGCUCGGGGCAGAGCUGCUGAUCUAGCCGACACGAGAAAAAGAAAAUGAAAAUCAGAGAUCUCACGACACAAAGCAAACUUGAUUAAAACUGGUGCUUACGGUUUGGUGAUUCCCCACAAUUCCACAGUCUCCGUGUAAACCACUCAACUCAUCCUGUAGCUUAUUUCUUUUUAAGAGAAAGUCGCCAUGGCUCUGGCCGGCCUCCGAACAGCGCGGUGCACAGUGGGGUGGGGCACAGAGUGGGCGAGCGUUUAAGGAGAAAAACUGGACGAAACAGAAACGUGAGCCCGCGGGAGCUGGCUUUGGUUUCUCAAAGCCGGUGGAAGAUGCGCGUUUGUGCCUUUCUUUUUAUUGCUCUGAUGGAUUUUUGUGGCUGGGUUUUCUGAAGUCUGAGGAACAAUGCCUUAAGAAAAAAUAAACAGCAGGAGUCGGUGGGACAGUUCCCUGUGGCCGGUGGGACCAGAGACCGGUGCGUGCUGGCCGGGCCCUCCGCGAGCAGCCCGGCCAUGGCCAGCAGCUCCGGAGGGCUGAGGUCCUGCCACCCUGUUUCACUUUAUUGCUGUUGAAAAAUGGAGGUAGUUUCCAAAAAAGUGGCAAAUACUGUUGGGGGUUUUGAAGUCCAACAAAUUUUAAAUGAAUCCAAAGUGUUCUUUUCUCGUACAUCAUAUAACAAUUGAGCAUCUCCAUUUGGUUGUGAAGCAUGUCCUAGGCACACUUUCAGUGUUACGAUCGGAAUGCUUUUUAUUAAAAGCAAGUAGCAUGAAGUAUUGCUUAAAUUUUAGGUAUAAAUAAAUAUAUAUAUGUAUAAUAUAUAUUCCAAUGUAUUCCAAGCUAAGAAACUUGAUUCUUAUGAAAUCUUGAUAAAAUAUUUAUAAUGCAUUUAUAGAAAAAGUAUAUAUAUAUAAUAAAUGCAAAUUGUAAAGGUCCCUGGCGAAUGAACGACUUGUGAAUUAGCUAUCAAGGUGCUUAUGGAAAGGGAUCUAGUUUGAAGCUCAUGUAUUUCUGAACUCCAGAUUGGAGAGCUUUCAAUCACACAUUCGCCACGGGGCAACUACCCUGCGAGAUUGUACUUUCAUUUUAAUUAUUUUCUGACCCAGCCCCUUCCCACUCCAAGCCUCCAUGCACAUGUGUACCUAAUGAGUUUUUAUAGCAAAGAAUAUAAAUUUGCUGUUGAUUUUGUAUGAAUUUUUCACAAAAAGAUCCUGAAUAAGCAUUGCUUUGUGAAUUUUACAUUUUUUCUCACCAUUUAGCGGUUUUCUGAAUGGUAAUAACACCUAAACUUCUUCCUUUCUGAAUUUUUGCUUGUACAUUUUUUUAACUUUGGAAGGUGUUUUCUUUCUUUAUGAUUUUCAUUCUCUUUAUUUUUGUACAGUGAGCACAGAGUUUAUUUUCAGAGUGAGCACCAAAUGUGCAGCAGGGUCUGAGGUCUGCUCCCCUGGUCCCGUCCCUCGGCUGGACAUAGAGCGCGGGGCCUUUCUUGCCGUCUGCGCAUUGUGGGCUUCGGGUGGGGAUCAUCGCAGCGCUGAGUUAGGGGGGGCUUGCCAGACAGCAUGGGCCGUCAGCAUUCACAAAGCUCGUGUUUAAACUUCUCUGACCACAUGGUCAGGAUAGAAUUUUCACUUCACUUUUCCAAAGACCUUGUAAGCAUGUCAGCAACGUGUGGGGCUGGGGGGGCCCCGGCACCCAUUCUGCAUUCUUCUGCUGCAGGCACAUGGUAGACUCCUGACGGGGUCAGCCAGCCUUUGCUCUUUUUCUCUUUGACAGUAACUGAAAGUCACUUUUUACUGGUAACUUAUUUUCCAGCACCUGAAGCCACCAAGUGUCAUUCCAAAGUGUACGUCAGGUUCUGACUUGAGGGAGUGCAGAACAGCUUGCCCACAGCCGGCAGCCCCCAGCCAAGUCUCAAGUUUGGCAGCGUUUACAGGGUAGCUUCUGAAAGAGACUCUGACACGACCAGACUUGGACCAAGAGGAUCCAGAUUCUUGGACUGGCUUGGUCACCGGGCUGCUGUUGGUCAGACGUGGGACAGUGGUUGAGAGCAGGACAGGAAGGCCUUGGGACACAUCUGAUGUUCUCUCCCCUCCUGGCCUUUUGCCCUGAGGCCCAAGUUGGCAGGGGGAGCUGGAUCCACCCAGCGGCCACAGUGGUGGCAGGGCCCAGCCAGCCGGCUUUUCUGGCCUUCUCGGCCCCCUUUUACUGUGGGGACCCCCCCAGCUGCCUGCCCACUUCCCGCCAGCCGUGGCUCCUGGGGAGGAACACAUCAUCUGGCAUUCUUUACAGGUGAUGGGUAACACGGACCCUGGUGGCCAAGUUAUCUUUGGGGGGAUUUACUUCUAAUCUCAUUCAACAGAGACCUCCUCUGCAGAAGGCCCGGUAGGGGGAACGUUGCCAUUUGUCAGCUCACUCCAGCUUCACAGGCGUGCUUAAAGCAGUACCGUGUAGCCUUUUCUUUUCUUUAAAGACACAGCCCUUCUCGACGGCCAGCCGUCUAGGGCAGAUGGCGGAGGGCCCACCUGGACUGCCCGCAGGCCCACCGCCUCGGGGAGGGCCCCUCACACGUUCCCUCUGUGGUCCCUGGACCUCUGGCCUUUUUGUUCCUUUGCAGAGGCCUUGGGGGCACUGGCCGGGGGUCAGCAAGUGAGCACUUUAUAUCCCUUUGCGGGAAACCCCGUGAUGCCCCGGGACUCGUGGCGUCACCCUGCCUUUGGGCCUUCCAGCUGCGCCACGCGGCGCCCAAGCCCCACCAGCAGGCGGCCGUCCCUGGGCUGCGCCCGAGCCCCUGGGACUGGCCGCCCCUCCGGUUCUGAAGGGCCACUUUGUCGAAGUGUUUGGGUUUUUCUUUACUUCUUUUCAAAGUUUGUUUCCAGAGGAAGGACCGUUUUGUACUGGUCUGAUUUUUGCAGCACUAGCAAUGGAAUUCCUUGUUUUUAAUUUUCGAUCAGAACAUUCCUUCUCUCCUGGUCACAGCCAUGCGUUCAUUCCAUUCUUCUUUUUGUAGACUUUUGGGCCCACGUGUUUUAUGGGUAUUGAUACAUAUAUAAAUAUAUAUAUAUAAAUACAUAUGAAUAUAUUUUUUUAAGUUUCCUACACCGAGGUUGCAUGGGCUGUUACGAGCGGCAUGUCUUUAUAUUGUAUACGGAUUUUGCACGCCAAACGCGGCAGCUUGGGGAAGAAGAGAAAUGCCUUUUUGUUCCCCUCCCAUGACAUUUGCAGACACAAAAGAUGGGAAUUUUUCUGUAAAACGAAACAAAACCUUGAAGGAGAGUGAGGGAGGGGGGAACGUUUGCAUCUUAUUGAACUUAUUCUUAAGAAAUUGUACUUUUUAAUGUAAGAAAAAUAAAAAGGACUACUUAAACAUUUGUCAUAUUAAGAAAAAACUUUAUCUAGCACUUGUGACAUACCAAUAAUAGAGUUUAUUGUAUUUAUGUGGAAACAGUGUUUUAGGGAAACUACGCAGAAUUCAAAGUGAACUGCCUGUCUCCCUCGGGUUGAUUUAGAGGGAUUUGUUCUGUUUGGUUUCUUCCCUUCUCUCCUUGCUCAGGGCAAGGCGAGUGCCGCCCCCCGCCCCCAGCCCUGGUGGCCGUCGGUUCUGCUGGGGAACCCGAGGCCCCAGCGGCCGUUUCCGCACAGCUGUGCCGACUUUUCCUGACUUUUAGAUCAUGUAUGGCUAAGAUUUCACUUUAAACUCAGCAGUCGUGAACUGUGCUGCACUGUGGUUUAAAAUCAUACUUUGCAUCAAGAGGAAACCGUUUCUUCCUUGUAAUGAAGCAGAGCUUUCCCAGCUCAGCUCACUCUGUCUUUGACAUGAUUAAAAGCCUCCUAUUGAAGGAAAAAGAAAGCAGACAGUUUCUGUUUGUUUUUGUUGCUGUUGUUGUUUUGGUGUGUGUGCUCCACAGUGGAGGCGCUAUUUUCCAAUUUACGAGAGUGACAAGCAUGUCACCAUAUGUCUACAGGAGGGGGUUGGCCCUAUUCACCCAAGAGCUCCUCACGGUGUCAUGGAAAACGCCAUGGUGACGACUUCCUGUCCCACCCGACGCCUGUUCGCACUAAUGCAGGCGCCGUGCUGGUAGCAGAGACCUGUCUCAUCUGUAACGUAACCAGUUCUCUGAUUGUCUGGACCUCCCAGUGGUUCUUUCCUUUGCUCGGUGGAGUUGGAGAUUUUGUUCUUGGUUUUCUCAUUCUUGUUUCCUUCUCUGUGGGUGGAUUUUCACCGACUGAGGUGUCCUCCCCUGACGGCCGACUCCACUUCACCCGGAGUCCAGUGUUUGUACCUCAUCAUAUGACUUGUCACUCUUGUGGUGUAAAUAAAGAGCAUUAAU